AUGGCAACCAUGGCACCAAAGCACGAGUUGGUUUUGAAAUUGGUGUGUGUGUUUGCCACUCUGUAUGUGGCAAUGGCAGGAGAUCCAGACAUCCUGACUGAUUUCAUCGUCCCGCCAAACAACCCAGUGCCUGACGGGAAUCUAUUCACCUUCACGGGGUUUAGGAGCCUUGUUGGGGCACCAGAGCCGCCAAACUUCAAGGUGAUAAAAGCCAGCAUGGCUGAAUUCCCAGCCCUCAACGGCCAGAGUGUUUCAUAUGCAGCUCUCAUAUACCCGGCCGGCUCUGUCAACCCGCCCCACACCCAUCCCCGGGCAGCUGAGCUUCUGUUCGUCCUUGAUGGUUCUCUUGAAGUCGGAUUGGUUGACACCACCAAUAAGCUCUACAACCAGACACUCCAAGUGGGUGACAUUUUUGUGUUCCCCAAGGGACUUGUUCACUUCCAGUACAACAGUGAUCCCAGCAAAUCGGCUCUUGCCAUCUCUGCCUUUGGCAGUGCAAGUGCCGGGACUGUGUCGCUUCCUGGCACAGUCUUCAACACCACCAUCCCUGAUGCAAUCCUGGCAAAGUCUUUCAAAACUGAUGUUCCUACCAUUCAGAAGCUCAAGGCUGGACUAGCACAGUAGCCUCAAAAAGAAUGAGCAUGGUCUAAGGGAAUAAAUUUCCU